CCAAUUUCUCAACAAUGGAAGAGGAGGAAGAAGUUUCGGAGAUGGGUGCAUCCUGGGAAGACAUCAUUCCACUGGAAGCACGGAGUAAAGUAGAAGAGGAGGAGAAACAGAAGGAGAAGAUGGAUUUUUAUCUUCCUCCUAGAGUGAGAAAACAAGUGCAAAAUAUGUCCUAUCGUGAUAACAGUGAUUCUGAGGGCUCAUCAAAGAAACGAAAGGGUCGACGUUCAUCAGGAACGAGCAGCGAGUCUGAAGAUAGUGACACAGGCAAGAAGACCAAGCGUCCACGGGGAAGACCCCGAACUGUACCACGGGACACCAUUACAGGAUUUACAGAUACUGAGAUUCGACGGUUUGUUAAAAGUUAUAAGAAGUUCGGAAGGCCACUAACAAGGCUGGAAGCAAUAGCCGGAGAUGCUGAGCUGCAAGAAAAAUCACAGGCUGAUUUAAAAAGGCUUGGAGACACGUUGCACAAUGGCUGUAAGCGUGUCAUACAAGAAUAUGAGGAGAGGUUAAAGCAAGAUUCAGAAUUUGAUG